AUGGCAGUAAUGGAUUAUGCAAACAAAGGCAAUUUGGGAGGAAAUUUGUCGAAAGUAAUUAAAUAUAAUUGGAAACAUAAAUUGUGCAUGUUGAAUAAUAUUAUUCGUGGACUUAUUGAAAUGCAUGAACAAAAUAUUGUUCAUCGUGAUUUUCAUGAUGGCAAUAUUUUAAAUAAGAACAAUCGUGAAACGGAUAAAGUAGAUUGUGUUUAUAUUAGUGAUUUAGGAUUAUGUCACCCUGUAAAAUCUUUUAGAAAAGAUGAUAUUUAUGGUGUUAAACCAUUUAUGGCACCUGAAGUUUUAAGAGGUAAACCUUACACUCCAUCUAGCGAUAUAUACAGUUUUUCUAUGAUUAUGGGAGUUUACAUCUGGAGGCAGAAAAUUUGA